GAGUGGGAGGUCUGCAGUGAUUCAGAGAGCGCGGGAAAGAGGAGAGGUCGAUCGGUUUGGCGCGCGCUGAGGAGUUUCUGCCGGAAGGGUCGGAUCGUGGCUGGUGCAACAAGGGAGUUGGGCUGCUAGUCGCCGUUGGAGGUUGGUGAAGUGAAAGGCCGGGGAACGGGGAGAGACAAAGGCCGUGUGUAGGUGUAGAUUCUAUGAUGCGCAGUACCAGAUCUCAGUCUCGAGGCCAAAGCCAGAACACCAUCAACUUUCCAAAGCGGAAAUCCAUCAGAAUACUGCAUAAAGAGCUGGAGAAUGAGAGAACUUCAGAGCCGGACCCAACGCUUCUGGCUGUCUCACCACGUUCCUCUUCAAACCAGGUCUUGCCUCUUAGCCCUCGCAAACGCCUAGGAGAUGACAACCUCUGCAACAUUACCCAAGUGGUAUCUUGCUCCCCAACUAAGCAGAGUAAGAAAGAGAACAGUUUCUCACCUGCCACUCCCAAAGGGCAACGCUUACUCUUCAGCGAACAAUCCACUACCAAGUUCCCAGCGAAGAGUUCUGGUUUAGUCUCCUCUCCCCUCCGUAGAUGCCAGGAAACCCCCCAGACUUCACUGCAAGGGCGCUCUAAAAAAGAGUUGGUGUGUACGCGUCUCUUUAAGCAAGAAGGCACCUGUUACCAGCAAGCCAAGAGUCUGCUAAACACAGCUCUUCCAGACCAACUGCAUGCAAGAGAGAAGGAGACACACUUCCUACAUCAGUUCCUCAAGGAACAUGUCUGUGGGGAGAAGUCUGGAAGUCUUUAUAUCUCUGGAGCCCCAGGCACCGGGAAGACCGCCUGCCUCGGCCGGGCCUUGCUGGACUUGAAGGGGGAACUUGCAGGGAGCAAGACCAUUGUCCUGAACUGCAUGGCUCUGCGGACCCCCCGUGCUGUUUUCCCGGCAGUUGCUGAACAGCUGGGCCAGGCAGGAGCAGACAGAACAGCACAGAGCGACGUUAUCCGAAAGCUGGAGAAGCGGUUGACAGCAAAAAGCAGCCCCAUGGUCUUGGUCGUGCUGGAUGAGAUGGAUCAGCUGGACAGCAAGGGACAAGAUGUACUCUACAUGAUUUUUGGGUGGCCCUCCCUUCCCAGUUCCCGGCUUGUUCUCAUUGGUAUAGCCAAUGCUCUGGAUCUCACCGAUCGCAUCCUGCCCCGCUUGCAGGCUCGCCCCAAGUGCCGGCCACAGCUGCUCAACUUUCCUCCUUACAGCAAAGACCAGCUUGCCUCCAUCCUUGAAGAACGCUUGAAGCCGGUGUCAGGGGAGCAAGUGCUGGACCACACCGCCAUCCAGUUCUGUGCUCGGAAAGUCUCAGCCGUCUCUGGGGACGCUCGCAAAGCGCUGGACAUCUGCAGGAGAGCCAUUGAGAUUGUGGAAUCUGACAUGAAGAGCCAAACCAUCCUUAAACCACUGUCCAGCUGCAAGUCAUCUGCAAAUUCCGCAACAGAUCCUGCAGUGCCCAAGCGGGUGGGGCUUGCCCACAUAUCACAGGUGAUCUCCGAUGUAUACGGCAACCGGAUGACGGCUGGUAACAGCUGCGGAGACGCUGAUUCCUUCCCGCUGCAGCAGAAAAUCUUGGUCUGUUCUCUGCUGCUUUUGGCUAAGCAACAGAAAGCCAAGGACGUGACCUUAGGAAAGCUGCACGAGAUAUACAGCAAAGUUUGCAGGAAGCAGCAAGUGGGAGCUCUUGACCAAUCAGAAUGCCUCUCACUGUCAUCACUCUUGGAAUCCAGAGGCAUUCUGGGGCUGAAGAAGGCAAAAGAUUUGCGGCUGGCCAAGGUUUUUCUAAAAAUAGAAGAAAAGGAUGUGGAGCGUGCCCUGAAAGAUGGUGUCUUGGUUGGAAGCAUCUUGGCUGGGGGGCUUUAAAAUGCUUCAGCAUCUUUCUCAUGUGGCCCAGUUUCUUUCUCAUGCUCUUCUCCUUACAACCAGCCAUUACAGAAUCUCAUCAGUUAGUGGAUACCUCUGAAUAUUGGUACAUACGGAUGUUUUUAACAAUAUUGCUGCAUCUUAUUGUCAAGAUGCCUUGUUUUUAUUUUCGAGACAUUUUUCUACACUGUUAAGAUGUUCGUUGAUUGACUGCUUUAGUUUUGGACAAAAACCCCUCCCCCAAAUCUCUUCACACUCAGGAUGUGAAUUUUUACACAUCACCAAAACAGCUCUCUUCCCCCGCCCCACCCACCCCCACCCCUUGUUUUGCCUGUCACCCAACUGCCAGAGGGAUUCCCCCACCCAUAUUUUUACAUCCUUUUCUUCACUCUGCGCCCACAUCUGUAUGCACACAUUGGAACUGCUCGUGCUCUUUCUGCUGCGUGCAUUGCACAUGUGUCUUUAAACAUCAGAAGAAAGAGGACAGCCGGGUGUCAGCAAAAGAGCCCAUUCACAGAAACCAAAAACUCUGAACUUCACUGGAGGAAAUAAGGCGGCAGCAGCUUCUCUCCCGAGCUCUUUGAAGUUGGGCUGUUUCCGUGAAGCAGAUGUCAGUCUUGUUAAAGCUUAGUGUCUCGGGAGCUGCAGUGGGUCUUAGGGGCGGAGGAGAGAUGCACACACAGAGACCUGCAGGCUCUGAACAUCUUAGCAUUUAUGAACUGCGGAUGCAGCUGUGACACGGAGACUAGGUUAGGCCUGGGAGCCUUUUCUUACAAAGUCUAGGCUAGCUUAGUUUGACAUCUUUAGUGUGAACUUAAUAUUCUCAAUAAGGGCAACCAGGGGUGGAUUUUCCAGUCAGAACCUGCUUUGCGUUCAUGUCUCGGUGAAUACGUUUUAUCUAGCUGAAUGACCCAGUUCGCACAUGAAUGUGCCUCCUCCUUUUUAAAGUCAUUUUUAGUACAGUGAAGAAGAAUACGUUAAACUCUGUGUUUGCCUUCAGUCCUUGGUCAAAGGUCCACACAGCCAAUUUGAGUACUAAUUUACUCUCUCUUUUUGUGGAAUAUAUAGAUUAAAACAGUCUAUUUAUUA